CCUCGCCUUGUGUAUCUCUGCUUGGAAUGCAUGAGGAGAAUGGGGAGGAACAGACGUGUCUAUCCAGAAUGGAUAUAACCCCAACAGCUUUUGCCGCAUCGAACUCAUCAGAGGAUACUAAUGGCACGAGUGCCCAAAGACCUCUGCCUCACUCCCAGAGCGUGGCCGUCUUCAUCGUGUUCCUGGUCACCGUUAUCAUUCUGGUGACAAUCGUAGGGAAUGUACUUGUUGUGGUGGCCGUUUUCACCAGCCGCGCGCUCCGUGCGCCGCAGAAUCUCUUCCUUGUCUCUUUGGCAUCGGCAGAUAUAUUAGUGGCCACCUUGGUCAUCCCUUUCUCCCUCGCCAACGAGAUCAUGGGUUACUGGUACUUUGGGAGCACUUGGUGCGCCUUCUACUUGGCCCUUGACGUCCUCUUCUGCACGUCCUCCAUAGUGCACCUCUGUGCCAUAAGUCUGGACAGGUACUGGUCUGUAACCAAAGCUGUUAGCUACAAUCGGAAGAGGACGCCCAGGCGUAUUAAGUGUAUGAUCACCGUGGUCUGGGUCAUAUCAGCAGUUAUCUCUUUUCCACCGUUACUUAUGACCAAACACGACGAGCAUGAGUGCUUGCUCAACAACGAAACAUGGUAUAUUCUCUCGUCUUGUCUGGUAUCAUUUUUCGCCCCGGGUCUAAUCAUGAUUCUGGUGUAUUGUAAAAUAUAUAAAGUGGCCAAGCAGCGCGCAUCAACCGUGUUUGCAGCAAAGAACGGGACGGAGAGACAGCCUUCGCAGUCGGAGACGUGCUUCGUGCCCAGGAGGAAGUUUGAGGUGGAGAGCCCCAGCAGCCCCAGUUUAGGUGGCCACAUGCGGAAAGGAGAGCUCGAUGAUAUUGACCUGGAGGAGAGCUGCGUCGCCGACAGCAAACCCAAGAACUGUCUCUUCUCCAAGAGAGUGAAAGUGGAGGGUGCAAACACUUUCCCAAAACAGAGUUGUCGCGUGUCAUGGGCUUCAAACCGCAACGCGAAGCUCUCUCAGGAGCAAAAGAUUAGACAGAUGUCACUGUCAAAGACCAAACUGGCGCAGAUGCGUGAAAAGCGCUUUACGUUUGUCCUUGCAGUGGUGAUGGGGGUGUUUGUACUCUGCUGGUUCCCAUUCUUUUUUACAUACAGUCUGCACGCAAUAUGCAGAGAUUGUUGCCCAAUUCCGGAUGCUCUCUUUAAUCUGUUUUUCUGGAUUGGUUACUGUAACAGUUCAGUGAACCCUAUCAUUUAUACAAUAUUUAAUCGCGAUUUUCGGAGAUCUUUCAAGAAGAUCAUAUGCCAGACAUCACACACAUAGGUUUACAAAAAAAUGUAUCUCUCUCUAUAUGUGUGUGAGUGUGGGUAAGCUCUGUUGCGUUUAGUAUCUGUACUUAUGAGACGUGUAAAAAAGUGUUUGUAGAAUACUGUGAUAAGAUUUUAAAUAAUAAUAAUUUAAUGUCAUGUAAAAAAUGGACUUCAAAAUUAAUGAGUUUGUAACCGUCAGAUGGUGUUUCUGUGGACUUGAAUGCAUCAGGUUGCAAACCUGUAUAAUUUAUUUAAAAACAAAUAAUUCUGUAUCCAAUCUACAUAUUCGAGAAGCAUGUUUCUCCAUGUUGUUAAUCACAUUUAGCAGUGUUCUGUUAUUAAUACA